AUGGCCAACUCUGCCAUCCAGUCUCAGGCCAGCACCUUCCCUUUCCUGUCGUUGCCUAUGGAGCUGCGAUUGAUGAUCUACAAUAUACGCCCUGUUCUCACCCUUCGGUCUUUGGCAAUCGGUCCGGCACCUUUCGACCUUUGGACUGCGGAUGCCGGUCUCGGCGGCAUCGUCUCUCCUGCGCUUCUGCUGGUCUGUAAGCAGAUAUACUACGAGGGCAAAAAAUACCUCGAGCGCAACCAGUGGCGCCUGGACCGCUGGAGCACCGACCCGAUUGUCAACAUCCCGCACUCAGUCCGCGACAAGGUCGCUUCGUUGUUCCUGGGCCGCGACACGGUCGGAUUGUUUACACCCCCUGGCACCGUUCGCGAUGACAAGUCGGUCUUUGGGUUGGUCCAUCGCCUGCCAAACAUCCAGCACCUGACUGUCGGAAUGAUGGAAGAUGACAAGGGCCUCUCUGGCACCCCCUCACCCGGGGACAAGGUCAAUUAUGAUGAUGAGGACAAUUUGUACGGGGCUCUGUCUUGGCUUGCCACCUACAAGCCUCUCUUCAAGCGAGGUUCGAUCAAGUCGAUCAGCCUCGAAUGCAUCAAGAAAUACCCCUCCAAUUUGUACCCGUGGGUGUACAUUUGGAGUUGGGUUACGACCAUGACCCUGCACAUCCUGGACCACGGAACUCCCGAGAAGUUCGAGAAGAUGACCGACCUUCUGCAAGAGAUCGAUCUUCUCCUGGGUCGUUUCGAGUCCGGCCGUGUGCCGACAUACCGGAACUACGCCCCCCUGCUGGAGUCCAGCCACGAGUCGGCCGCGCGGUUUCGAACCCUUUCGGAUGUCCUUCAGGAGAUAUGGGAAGGUUUCGGGAUCCGUGUGUCGGCUCGGGACCCAGGCCCGUUCGAGCGAGGCACAAUGAUCGUUUUCGAACGGAUCUCCGCAGGUGGUGGUGCUGAUGAGGUUGUCGGUGGCGAGGGGGAGUUAGUUUGGUGGUGA